CUCGCCGCAGCCCAGUUUGUGUUUCUUCAUGGCGGACGGACAGCGCUGAGUGGUUUGGCAGACAGACAGGGAAGCAAGAUCCCCGUCAGCGCUCAUCGAAUCAAGUCGGCAGAGACGCAGUAUCGCCGACAUGGCCGCCGACUAUGCUGCUCCAUCACAUCGUCCUCCGCAGGUCAGUGAGCCAAUCUGAUGUCUCUGCUGAGAUUCCCUGCGCGACGAAAAGACGAGCAGUCGGUCCCCUCAAAAAGACGUGCGAUCCGCAUGGCCAAAAGAUCAUCAUGGAUUCUUGAUUCUCCCGGACAGCGAGACAGUCUUCGCAGAGUCAAAAAAAGCGAAUACAGCGCAGGUUUAUAUACUCUUUAUCUCCAAGUCCUGCUCCCGGACGGAGGCUGCUGUGAAAGCACUGCUCCCACCAGGGUCCGCUAUACGGUCGACUGCCCACCAUGUAUUCGCGAAUAACGAUCUCGAUAUGGACAGCAGUGGCUGCGCUGCUCUAUGCCGGGCUAGCCAGUGCCCAUACGGUCAUCGUGUAUCCUGGAUAUCGAGGGAACAAUCUCAUGACCAACGGCACCGUAGAAGAAGCAAAUGGUCUCGGCGAGACGGUUGUGAAUGGGAGUUCGAUUUUUCCAUACGGCAUGCAAUGGCAGUAUCCCUGCGGAGGAAUGCCUACCUCAACAAAUCGAACAAAAUGGCCUGUCGGAGGAGGGGCGGUAUCGUUCCAACCAGGCUGGUUCCAGGGACAUGCAACGGCCUUUUUUUAUAUCAACUUGGGUCUGGGAACGGUCCCUCCAAACAUGAGCCAUGUCAUGAUCUCCCCCUUCGAGCUCGUCGGCCCAACAGAUCAACCGUAUCCAGGAACCUUCUGUCUACCCCAAGUCCCGCUGCCAGCCAACAUCUCCGUCAAUGUUGGUGACCAUGCGACCAUUCAGGUCAUCGAAGUAGCCAAACACGGUGCUUCACUAUAUAACUGCGUCGACAUCGAAUUCGCAGACCCAGCAGACGUCGCAGAGGUGACGCGCGAUAACUGCUUCAAUUCCAGCGAUCUCUCAUUUGCGCAAGUCUACACGACAGCAUCCACCACCUCGUCCACUGCCUCCAAUCUUGGAGUAUCGCCCUUGAAUGUUCUUUACCUGCUUCCAUUGCUGCUGGCCGGCCUCUUUUUGUAAUGAUAUAGACUCUGCGUGUUGAUUUUUUCAUGUUCUGCAGCCUACUGUCAGCUGCUAUCUAAUUCAUAGCUAUAUACCCCUCUUAUUUCCUCUUCUCCAGCGCGAUGUCCCACGGCAGAAGACGUAUCAACAUCAUGACGAGCCUCACGAUAAAUCAGUAGUUCUUAUAUUUACUGCGAAGUUCCAGGAUUUUCAUAACUCCCAUUCGAAUCAACUUAUCAGAGCAGAGUAUACACGUAGAAUACCUCUUUCCUGUUAUCCCAAUUCUACUGUAGAUAUAGGUCCUGAACGCUAAGAUUCCUGUAACCUUGUCUCUAUCUAGUGCAAUCCACCAAAU